GAUCUAUUUUUAUUUUAUUAUUUUCAGAUUUUGUUUUGAAAUUUCCUGAUUUUUUCUAAAUAAUUUCAGACGUGAAUCAUGUUUUAAAAUCUGGUUUGGUACUUGACUCUAAACACAAGUUAUUAAGAAGCAACUUGUUCUCCAAACCUUAUCUUGCAUAAACGAGAAAAAAAAACAACAAUGGAGUCUACGACCACUGUUGCAUUGGAUCGUUCAACUCAGCUAAAAGCCUUCGACGAGACCAAGACCGGCGUGAAAGGCCUCGUCGAGGCCGGAGUCUCCGAGAUUCCCGCCAUCUUCCGUGCACCUCCCGCUACUAUAACAAGCCCAAAACCACCUUCAUCAUCGCAGUUCACCAUCCCAACAAUCGAUCUCCAAGGAGGCAGCAGCACGCACUCUACCACCUCGCGGCGGAACCUGGUGGAGAAGAUAGGAGACGCGGCUGAGAGACGGGGCUUCUUCCAGGUGAUCAAUCACGGUAUCUCGCUAGAUGUGAUGGAGAGGAUGAAAGAAGGGGUUCGUGAGUUUCACGAGCAAGACCCGGAAGUGAGGAAAGGGUUCUACUCUCGAGAUCCGAGUAGCAAUGUGGUUUACAGUAGCAACUUCGAUCUGUAUAGCUCGCCGGCUGCUAACUGGAGAGAUACGCUAGGUUGUUACACUGCUCCAGAUCCUCCUAGACCGGAGGACUUGCCAGCGUCUUGCGGGGAGGUUAUGAUUGAAUAUUCAGAGGAAGUGAUGAAAGUGGGUAAAUUGCUCUUUGAGCUUCUAUCAGAAGCUCUAGGGUUAAACACUAAUCACCUCAAGGACAUGGACUGCACCAAAUCAUUACUGCUACUCGGCCAUUAUUACCCUCCCUGUCCUCAACCAGAUCUGACUCUUGGCUUAACCAAACACUCAGACAACUCUUUUCUCACGGUUCUUCUUCUAGACGACCACAUCGGAGGGCUACAAGUUCUCCAUGACCAAUACUGGGUUGAUGUUCCUCCUGUACCUGGAGCUCUUGUCGUCAACGUUGGAGACCUUCUCCAGCUUAUUACCAACGGCAAGUUCAUAAGCGUGGAGCAUCGUGUUUUGGCGAAUGGAGCUGGACCGCGUAUCUCAGUGGGCUGCUUCUUCAGUUCGCAUCUGAUGGCGAAUCCUAGAGUUUAUGGACCUAUCAAAGAGCUUUUGUCUGAACAAAACCCUCCAAUAUAUAGAGACACCACCAUCACAGAGUAUUCAAAGUUCUACAGAUCCAAAGGAUUCGAUGGUACCUCUGGAUUACUAUACCUCAAGAUCUAAGGAAUAUGCACGUUUAUGUUUUAAUAAGGCUUCAAUGCCUUUUGCUCAAAAGGAGGUAUAAACACGAAGUAAGUAAAAGUAUAAAACUCUUCUACGUUUUCUGUCUACAACAACUGGGUCCUUGUGUGUCUUGUAUGAAUAGCGAAGGAAGAUUAUAGAUAGAUACAAAACGAAACAGAGUUCAUAUCAGACAUGAGAAAUCCAAUGAUUUCCUAUAUAAUUAGUACUUUAAACAUUAAAAUAAAUUUAUUCGCAAUGA